UCCUCUUUUGUUUCAAAAGUUUUUCUAUUUCCAUAUGAAGCAAGAUAUGUAACAAUUAUAUGGGAAACGGGGUAUAUAAUUAGUUUGUUGCAGUGAUUUUUUGUAACUUGCGAAAGAACAAAUCAUAUCGUUUCGCUGAUAUGGAACAAUUACGUUUACAAAAAUGUAGUAAUUAAUAUAAAAAGAACCCCCAACUUAUAAAGAUUGAGACGAAUGAGUGGCUAAUUGUGUAGACUUCAAAAAAUUAGCAAUUUAAGGAAAUGCUUCUUGCUUAUGUAUAUGGACUCAUCACCUCACCAUUAAUGCUGUAAUUUGGAAAGUGAUUAGCUAUUUGAUUGCAGAUUUGGUUCUACUUCCCACUAUAGUAAUGCAUCAUUAAGGAGUUUAAAUGUAAAUAAUCUCUCGAAGGCAUUGUAAUUAAUUAAGAAAUUCGGAUAUUAACUUCUAUAUUUCACUUGAUUUUCAUCCGUUGUGAUGCUGGACUAGCUGUACAUGUUUCUGUCUCACCUCCUUAAAGUCUUUCUCCUUUCAGAGAUCCUAGUAUUUGUAAUUAAAUUCUGUGUGAUCAAUCAUGAUCUGAAUCUUUUUUUAUCCUGAUUUAGAGAUUUGCUUCUUGUAAUUUAUAAUCAAAUAGUCAGUUCUUUUUCUUUAUGAAAGAAUCCAAAAUAGUGAUAAGUAGGAAAGAUCACUUUCUCAAGUGAUCAUAUGGUAUAGAGUAGUAAUACCAUUUAUGAAAAUGCAAAGGUGGAAAAAGGGACAGUGCAACAAGGACCAAUCUGAAGGACCACCUUCCUGCACAAGGGCAUUUAUCAAGAGAAAGUUCCAUCAGGUUUCAAAUAAACAUGAAGGGGCUGUUGCUAAGGACAAGGGCAGCGAAAAUUCAUCCAAGUGCAACAGUAAACCAACGAAGUUGCCAAAAAAACGUAUACUAGAACUUAUUCUCGACAUGCUGCAAAGGAGGGACACCCAUGAAAUAUUUGCAGAACCAGUUGAUCCCACUGAGGUUUGAUCUAAUGAUUGGCUUCGGGUUUUGAAGGUCAUGUCUUCUUACUUACUCACAUGAAGGAAUGUAUCAGAAUCUCCAACAGUUUGAGCAUGAUGCAUUUCUGAUUCCAAAAAAUGCAAUGCAUUUCAACGCCUCUGGUACUGUCUACUUCAGACAGGCUCGUGCUAUAUACGAACUAGCUAAGAAAGUAUUUCAUGUCCUAAAAACUAAUCCCGGAAACUUUGAAGUGGAAUUUCCGGUAACCAGACGAAGAUCGAUGAGGAGAUUGCAAAAUGAGGCCAGGGAUACAAGACACUCUCAAGGUGUCCUAUCAGAUGGUGCCAUUGAUGUUUCUUCCAAGAAUAUUGGACUUGGCUCAAGUGUUCCAUCAACACAUAGGAGAAGCAGCAAAGAAAGACCACCAUUAUUCACCAAAGGUCCGGUUGACAGUGCAUUCUUAUUUGGUAGUAGACAUGGUCAAAUGUUGUCUUCCCUUGAUGCUGGUGGUCGUUCUACAUAUGAAUUUUGCAGGCCUUCGCCUUUCCGUGAGACUAGCUCAUUUAUGUGUAACAAGAAUCUCCAGUCACUAAUUCUCAACAGGAACGCUAGUUACAGAGAGAGCUUGAUGUCAUUUGCCAAAGAUUUAGGACCAACAGUGCAAAUGGUUGCCAACCGGAAAAUGCAAGGGAACCAUUCAUUCAUUCUCUCUCACACAUCUGAAAGUCCUCUAAUGUGCUUAGGAUUCGCUGCUUUUGCUACUGUAAAAAGUCAAUCUAAUACUGAAGUUCUAACCUCAUCUCAGAAACUGUCUAGUCCUGUUCGAGGAUUUGGUUCAUUGCUCAAAAGCACCGGUGAUGAGAUCGAUGUGACUCAUACUGCUAAGGAAGAUGAGACAUGCAAAAUAGCUGGUAUGAGCGGCCAGAAAGGCCCCCUUCCUCAUCCAGAAAAUUCAGAGAAGAAAAGUACAUCAAUAUUGUGCUACAAAAGGAAUGUUCAUAAAGUAACAGAAGAAGGGAGCAAGAAAACUCAAAACAGAAGUGAGGGCAGGGAGAAUAACUUGGCCUCUCAUAUCUCUUCUAAUGGGACAUCUGGAGAUACAAAGAAACUCUGCAGAAGAAGUGCUAAGGUGGAAGAAAACAAAGUUCUGCCAGUUGUACUAGCUCUAGAGUAAUCUCAUUCAAGUCUAUCCGAAUUGAAGUAGAGAAACAAGAAGAGUUCCAAUUUGACAUCACGUAUCACACGAUCACAAAGCAAGAUUACGGAGUUCAACGUCACUGGGAAAAUUCUAGAUCAAACCGAAAAUAAUAGCUCUGGAUCAAAGCACGAAAACAAAGCAAUUAUUUGUGAUCAAAACAAAAACAUUGGACGCAGUAGCAAUCAAAGUUUUCUUGAGCGAAAGAGCAAAUAUUCUGAGUUGAAAUUGAACAAGGCAAUUCCUGUAGUGCCAUUUCAAGCAAGAGCUAGCUCCAGAUUUAUUUUUGAUAUGCCAUUCUUGCAAGCUCAGCUAAAUCAAAUGAAUCCAGCAGGGAAAAAUGACAUGCCACUGGUAUCAAGAGAUAAUAUGGAGAGGUCCUUGUAUAGUCAGGAAGUUAUAAUAAGAUGGACAUGGAA